GUGUUUUGUUUCACUAAUGUUGUUCUAGCAUGGCGCCUGAUAGGCACACCGCUUCCGGCUUGCGCUGUUCUGUAGUAUUUCUAAAGUUUAUUAAUUCUAAACGUGUCACAUCAUGUCCAUAUUGCACGAAAAAAAGGCUCUACACUCCCUUGGGUCCGCAGCAACAUAUCCGCCACAUGUGUACAACUGUAAACAGACAGACACACACACACACACACACACACACAGAGAUUCCUGCCUUUAUUAAAGAGAAAAAUAUGUUCAUCCCCUCCUUCCGAAGCUUCGAAAUUCGAAUAUUUGAUUUGAUUUCUACUAGAGCUUCAAAGCUCAAAAAAUGGUAUUCGGAACAGCCCUAGUAUAUGGUAACACUGUAAAUUAAGGUCUCGUUCUUUAACAUUAGUAAAUGUAUAAAUUUACAAUGAGCAAUUCAUUUUUUACAGUAUUUAUUAAUCUUUAAUAAUAGUUAAUAAAAAAACGGUUGUUCAUUGUUUGUUUGUUUUAGUUCAUAGUGCAUUAACUAAUGUUAACACAUAAAACUUUUGAUUGUAAUAAUGUAUUAGUAAAUGUUGAAAUUAACACUGAGAUUAAUAAAUGCUGUACAAGUAUUGUUCAUUCUUAGUUAAUUACCUUUAAUGUUAAUUUUGUAGAAAUGUAACAUUGCACAUCUCUAACUAAUUCUUCUUCUUUUUAUAGAUUUGGAAUGCAGUGUAAGUUUUGCAAAUUUGCCCACAGUAGCAGAGAGGUCCUUUUGAAACACUACAGAUUUCACCAUUAUCAAGUACGAUCCUGGCAGCAGCCUUGCUUGUAUACUGACUGCAUCUGCACUUUCAAAACUGUAGUUUUUAAACCAUAUCAGGAAUCAUUUGAAGAAACACGACACAGUCAAAUUCCCACUGAGAAGAAAGGAAAUAGUCGACAAAGAACCUCUUGUGGCUGAUGUCCUAAGGGAAUGGCCAGCAUUGUUUUUUGAAGAUCAGGUAUCUGCUGAGUUUUACCGGAUUACUCAAACCAACCUGAAGAGUACCUUUUUCUCAUCUUUGGAUGAAUAUGCAUCACCGAUGAUCAAGCUGUACAGAGCCCGUGGUGGAGCAUAUGGAGAGGAAAUGAAAACCCUCCUGGACCAACUUGAUAAUCAGACCUCUGAUGUCCUUGCUCAUAGAAAGGCUACAGCUCUCAAAGGGCUCCCGGUGUUUAUGAGAGAAAAAUCAGGAAACUUUCUGAGGACUUGCCUGAAGAAAGAAAUUCAUAAAGGAUUGAAACAACAUGAGGGACACAGAGCCAGAAGACCAAUACACAAAGGGGAUGAAGAUGGGCAUCUUAAGUAUCGUCAAAGACAAUGUUGGUACCAUCCAUUCCAGUCCAAAUGUAAGGUGUCUAUCUGUUGUUCUUGAGGAGCUAGUUGUGCUGGAUAAUGUCCAAGACCUUCCCACUGCUGUUGUUCUCCUGUUUGGGUUGAUUUACUGCCUGAACAUGAACUAUCCCAAAGAACUUAAAUACACUUUUGAAACUAUUCAAAAAGUGUUUAUUGGCCUUGACCCCCAGUGCUCACAACGGGUCCAGUCAUUCAAAAACAAAGUAAUGUCUAUGUAGCUGCAGUCAAUAAGCAAGGCAAGCACUAAUUUGUUCUUCCAGUUCCUCCCGUUCAGAAACUUAAGAUUUGAGUUUUAAUGUAAGGUGAAAUGUUGUUUUAACAGUUUGUUACUUGAUUACUUUAGCAAGUUUGUUGCAUGGAUGUGCUAAAUGUAAGACAACAUUUUAAAAUACCAUUCAAGGUGUGUUGUAACUGUUUUAUCAGCAUUUUAAGCUUGAUACUGUAGCACUUAAAGACAAAUGUUUUUACUCCAGCACUUUAAAAUAAUUUGUGUUGUAUAAUGCCAGCACUUUAAAAGCAUUGCAAGAUUGGAGGAUAGUA